UCAGCUUUCAAUUCACUCUCAACCUAUUUCCAUUCUGCCUUGUAACUAAGAAAUCUAGUGAAGAAUUAAUCAGUUAUGGAAUUCUUAUCUAUUUUUGUGGACAAGGUAACAGAUUGCUUGAUCCAGCCAGUUACGCGAGGGAUUGGGUAUUUCUUUUACUACAAGAGAAACAUCAGAUCUAUGGAAAAUGAAUCUGAAAAGCUGGAGGAUAUCAGAAUUGGGGUGCAUCAAAGAGCGGAAGCAAACCAGAGAAACUUACAAGUCAUUUCACCCAAUGUUGAGGCUUGGUUUACUAGUGUUGCUACCACUACUGCUGAGGUGGCAGCUGUAAUGCGACGAGGUAGAAUUGAGGUUGAAAGAUAUAAUUGGUGUCCAAACUUGAAGUCACGUUACUCUCUGAGCAGGAGAGCUAAGAAAAUUGCGUUGGAGUUGAUUGAACUUCGAAAUGAAGGUAAAGAUUAUGCUGUUUUCUGCUAUCCUGCUGUUGGAAAUGAACCUGUACCUAUGAACAGUGCUGAAGAGUUUGAUUCUAGAAAAUUGCAAGAGGAUGAGGUCAUGGCAGCUUUGAACGAUGGGGUCACUAUUAUUGGGAUAUGUGGUCUGGGUGGUGUUGGUAAGACGACACUGGCGGAGAAAAUCAGACAAAAGGCGAAACAAGAAAGGUUGUUCAAUGAUGUUGUUAUGUUAAUUGUCAGUCAACAACCAGAUCCUAAAAGAAUUCAGGAUGAGAUCGCAAGAGGGGUCGGGCUUACAUUAGAAGGGGAUGAUUUGUGGAGUCGUGGAGAUCUGCUGCGUACAAGGUUAAUGGAUCACAACAGCUGUACUCUUGUAAUCUUGGAUGAUGUUUGGGAGGCUCUUCAUGAUCUAGAGAAACUUGGAAUUCCCACCGGUAGCAACCACAACUACCGGUGCAAAGUUAUAUUGACGACACGUCUCCGACCUGUUUGUGAUAUAAUGAAGGCUCAGAAGAUCAUGGAAAUUGGAACUUUACCUGAAGAGGAAGCAUGGAUCCUUUUCAAGGAGAAAAUCGGUAAUUCAGUCGACGAUCCUUCUCUGCUUGACAUAGCAAAAGAUGUUUCCAAAGAAUGCAAGGGGUUGCCGCUAGCAAUUAUUACAGUUGCAGGAGCACUAAAGCGUAAAACCAAGCCUUCGUGGGAGGAUGCCCUUAAACAAUUACGUGGUGCAGAAACAAGAAAUAUCCCUGGAGUGCACACAAAGGUGUAUAGACCUCUGAGGCUAAGCUAUGAUCACUUGGAAAGUGAUGAAGCCAGGUACCUCUUUUUGCUUUGUUCUUUGUUUGAGGAAGAUAGUGAUAUUUGGAUUGAAGAAUUACUUAGAUAUGGAAUGGGGCUUGGCAUUUUUUCGGAAAUGAACAAUUUAGAACAUGCAAGAAAUAGGGUGUGUCUUUUGAUAGAAAUAUUGAAAGACAGUUUCUUGUUAUCCCAAGGUUCAAACAAAAACUAUGUCAAAAUGCAUGAUGUGGUACGUGACGUGGCUAUAUAUAUUGCAUCUGAGGAAGAGCAUAUAUUUAUGGUAAGGCAUGAUGUGAACUCAAAAGAGUUCCCCAAAAAAGACUCUUAUGAGCAAUACAAUCACAUGUCAAUAGUUGCAAAUGAAUUUGAGGAGCUUCCUAGACCAAUAUUUUGCCCAAAACUGAAGCUUCUAAUGCUGAAACUCUGUUUUGAAAAUCUAUUCAAAUUACAGGAUAACUUUUUCAAUGACAUGGGUGAACUCAAAGUCUUAAGCCUGAGUAGAUAUAAUAAGAACUCCAUUUGUCCUUUUCCAACAUCCAUUCAGAGGUUAUCGAGUUUGAGGACGCUGCGUCUGAUUAAUUUAGAGUUGGAUGACAUAUCUAUUAUUGGGGAACUUGUCAAUUUAGAAAUUCUAAGCAUAAGAGAUACUCGGUUAGAUGAGCUGCCAGUGGAGAUAGGAAAUUUGACCAAGUUAAUUGUAUUAGAGUUUUGGAAUGAGAAUAAAGCACUUCAAAGGAUUUCAACAGGUGUCUUAUCAAGACUAGUUCGAUUGGAGGAACUACAUAUGGUGGGAGUAGAAGAUUGUAGUUACUCCACCUUGAGGGAACUGAAAUCCUUAUCGAAAUUGACUGCACUGACGUUAGAUCAAUGUGCCAGAGAUGUGAUUUACAAUAAGUUGGUCCUUCCCUCCAAGUUGACACGUUACACUAUUAAAGUGGGGUAUGCUUACGAAGAGAUCAUGGAUGAUUACGACAAGAGUAUUGCUUUCCAGGUCAUGGAGACCACCCCAUUGGGUGAUUGGAUCUGCCACCUGUUGAAGGAGAGUGAAUAUGUAAAUUCACAUGGAGAGGGCUCUAAUAAUGUGUUGACUGAGUUGCAACUGAAUGAAUUUCAGAACAUGAAAUGUCUCCGCCUCUCUGAUUGUGAUUUAGUGACACAUAUAUUCAACAUCUCUCGGAUGACACAUGAAGUAAUCAAGUUCCCCAAUUUAUAUGAGUUGGAGAUUCAAUCUCUGGUAUGCCUCACUCACUUUUGCAGUGACAAUGUUGACGGCAUUGAGUUCCCUCAGUUACGGAAAAUGACCUUCAGUUAUUUACCUGAGUUCCAAAAUUUGUGGCCUACGGUCAACAACUCCGUCACUCACUCAAAUCCUCUUUUUGACGAAAAGGUUUCUUGUCCCAACUUGGAAGAGCUAAUCAUCUGGAAACUUGAAAGCAUCAGUGCUCUAUGCUCUCACCAACUUCCAACUGCCUACUUCAGCAAACUUGAAACAUUGGAAGUAUCGUAUUGUAGAAACUUGAGAAACUUGAUGUCUCCAACAGUGGCUCGGGGUGCACUGAAUCUACGAAGAAUACGAAUAUACAAUUGUGUGUCAAUGGAAGAAGUGAUCACAGAAGAGGAACGACAAGGAGAAGAAAUCAUGACCUUAUUUCCUCUGUUGGAAAUGUUGGAGCUUGAAGAACUGCCUAAGCUGAGGCAUUUCUUUCUGACAAAGCGUGUUACUGAAUUUCCAUUUCUCAGAGAAGUGAGAAUUCGUGAUUGCCCUGAAAUGCAGACGUUUGUCCAACAUGGAAUAUCUGUCAGUACACCGAGUCUCGAAAGUGUGAACAAUGAUGAUGAGGUGAAAGUAGUUGAUGUUCUCAAUAAAGCCAUGUUCAAUUCUAAGGUUUCUUGUCCGAGCCUGGAAUAUCUAUGUAUCAAUAAGGCUAACAGUAUAAAUUCUCUAUACUCUCAUCAACAUCCAACUGCCUACUUUAGCAAACUUGAAAAAUUGGAACUAUGGCAUUGUGGAAAAUUGAGAAACUUGAUGUCUCCAUCAGUGGCCAGAAGUCUUCUGAAUCUCCGAAUACUAGCUAUAUAUGAUUGUCAAUCAAUGGAAGAAGUGAUCACAAAAGAGGAACAACAAGGAGAACGAAUCAUGACCUUAUUUCCCCGGUUGGAAGACCUGAGUCUAGACAAUCUGCCUAAGCUGGGGCAUUUCUUUCCGACGGAGCAUGCUCUUAAAUUUCCAUUUCUCAGAGAAGUGUGGAUUGAUGAUUGCCCGAAAAUGAAGACGUUUUUCCAACAUGGAAUAUCUGUGAGCACACCGAGUCUCGAAAGUGUGAACAAUGAUGAUGAGGUGAAAGUAGUUGAUCUCAAUAAAGCCAUGUUCCAUUCUAAGGUUUCUUGUCCGAGCCUGGAAUAUCUAUAUAUCGAGAAGGCUAACAGUAUAAGUGCUCUAUACUCUCAUCAACAUCCAACUGCCCACUUUAGCAACCUUGAAACAUUGGAACUAUGGCAUUGUGGAAAAUUGAGAAACUUGAUGUCUCCAUCAGUGGCCAGAAGUCUUCUGAAUCUCUGAAUACUAGCUAUAUAUGAUUGUCAAUCAAUGGAAGAAGUGAGGAGAAGUAAUCAUGACCUUAUUU